AGGUGACAUAACCGAAGAGCUUCCAUUUUGUCGAGGUGCUGUGUUGUCCGAAGAGGUGUGCAAAGAUCGAGCUGCAAAACUAAAGAAAGUGGUCCAGCGAAUUAUUAAAACGCACACACUGACGAGAUGAGUGGCUGCCGUGUGUUUGUUGGCCGUUUGAACCCCUCUGCCCGCGAGAAGGACGUGGAGAGAUUCUUCAAGGGCUACGGGAGGAUCCGCGAUAUCGACCUGAAAAGAGGUUACGGGUUUGUGGAGUUUGAAGACCCCAGAGAUGCAGAAGAUGCUGUUUAUGAACUGGACGGAAAGGAGCUAUGCAAUGAGCGAGUUACGAUUGAGCACGCACGAGCCCGGCUUCGAGGAGGCCGAGGAAGAGGGGGACCGGGCCGCUUCCCUGACCGCUACAGCAGGAGAUCGCGUGAUGGCAGGAGGAAUCCCCCUCCAGUUCGCACUGAAAACAGGCUCAUUGUGGAGAACUUGUCUUCCAGAGUCAGCUGGCAGGAUCUGAAAGAUUUCAUGAGACAAGCUGGAGAGGUUACUUUUGCUGAUGCUCACAGACCAAAACUAAAUGAAGGGGUGGUUGAGUUUGCUUCUUCCAGUGAUGUCAGAAAUGCCCUUGAUAAGCUGUCUGGUAAGGAGAUCAAUGGAAGGAAAAUCAAACUGACAGAGGCUAUUAGGAGGAGGUCAAGGAGUCGAUCUCGUUCCCGCAGCUCCUCGCGCUCCCGUUCCCGCUCUCGUUCCAGGAGCCGCUCCAGGAGCCGUAGCCGCAAGUCUUACAGCCGUUCACGGUCCCGCAGUCGCUCCCGCUCUGCCAGCCGCUCCCCCGCCCGGGACAAGGAGGUGAAACGUAGCUCCCGAGCCCACUCUGGCUCCCCACACUCCCCUGAGCGCCGCCGCUCCAGGUCUAUAACGCGCUCGCCGUCAGCAGAAAGCAGGCACUGAGACCCCCAACCGUGUGUGUGUACGUGCACUACCUCUUCAGUGUGCGUAUCAAUGUUGACCCAGCAAAAGGUUGUGGAUAUUGGACUGUCAUGAGCUAAGGGGUGCUAGUCCAACUAUCUAAGUUAAAAGCGGCAAUUGAGGACAGUGCAGCUGCUCCUGUCUUGUUUCUAUAAGCAGGCAUCUCUACACUGAGUUUUGUGAAGAUGAAAUUUUUUUUGGGGGGGGGGAGGGGGGGUGGUACAAAAUAAAUCACUGAAAGUCUGUAGUGAUGGCUAGCUUUUUUUUUUUUUUUUUUUUUUAAAAGAAUCACAAGGUGUACAGAUUUACUGAACACAUCUUUGUCCAAUGUUUGUUUAAAUGAUUUAUGAAAUCCUGUGAAAUAGUGGUAACAUUUGUAUUUUGACCUGAAAAUGUAACCUUGUGCAUAUAGGACUCUCCCAAUUUUUAUUUAUUUUUUGUUCUGCAUUGGUGGGUGCAUUUAAAAAAAAAAAAAAAAAUUCACCUUGGAAGAGGUAUAAAACAGGGGUUCCCAAUUCUGGUCCUGGUGGGCCGGUGCCCCUCCUGGUUUUUGUUUACACUGUGCCCUAAAUUGCUUACUUGGAACAAUAGUCGGUCCAAUUAAGUAAUUUAGGACAGUUGUCCCAAAAACCAGAAGGGACACUGGCCAUCCAGGAUGAGGAUUGGACACCCCUGGUAUAAAAUACCUUUUAAUUUUUGUAUUAAAGGAUUGGUUCAGAGUCCACACAGUUUAGUAUUGGUGUGUAUUUUAAUAAAGAUAAAAAUAGAUUUCAGCGGGAUCUUUGGGAGAAAUGUUCAGAUCAGCAUUGUAAAUUAUUUGUGUGCACCACUUUCAAAUAAAUACAUAAAGCUUUACUAAUUA